UAUUGGACAGGAAAACAGCUGUCUCCCCUUCGACAAAAGAGCUUCGGAAUCGAGGUACUGCUGUUUUGAAGUAAUCGUCGCCCUGCAACACCAUAAUGCUAGCACCGGCAGUUCGGUUUCUCCCGAGGUUCGUCUCGAGGACAACAUUUUCCCGCCCAGUUUCCAGUCUCUCGUCGAAUCCACACAUUAAAGUUUUCCCCGCCGAUGCAUCGAGAGCUUCCUUUCUUUUGUCAUAUCUUGAAGAUGAGCCGCCCAAUCAGAGGCUAGCCAUUGGCUUCUCUACGACAGACCCGCCGACGCCGGGCUCCUUUGUCGAAAAUCAGACAUUCAGCAAGAUACUGUACGAGGUCCUUUCCGAGCACGCUCACAAGGACAAGGACCUCUUGGCGCAGGCGCAAGCUUUUGCUGGUCCUGGAGGAGCCACUCUUGGGUCGGGAGGUGCGUUUUUCUCGCAGAAGAACAAGAAGCGUUCAAACAAAGUUGGCGGUGGUGGCGGCGCCGGAGGGAGCGGCGCCGGAGGUGCCAGUGCCCAAGGAGGUGCCGGUGGAGGCGGACACGGUGGUUAUGUCCAUCUCAGCGACUCAAGAAACCCUCCAGACUUUGGCCGAAUUGCAUGGCCCGAGGAUAUCUUGGGCAGCAUUGAGGUUGAUCAGAGCGGCAACAUCAUCGGGAAGCUCGAGCCUAGCGGAACAUAUCGUAUCAUCACCAAUGAGGGAAUCCUUGGGCUGAGCCCCUUCCUAGCAGAGAAGCUGGUUGAGAGACUCCGUGCCGAAGACAAGAAGGACAAGUCAUAGGUGUUCUUGCAUGAUGAGUGGAAAUCCAUAGGCAUUCAGCCCACUUCGCUAGGUCCCACUCUGUAUAAUUCGACGCUUGGAGUGUAAACCCGGCUCUCUAUUUGGGACCGCACAUGAUUCUGGGACGCUUUGAACUGAGGCAAGAGAACCGCACCCGGUUCCGCCGAGUCGUGCUGUUCCAAAGGCGAUGAAUUGUAACUUUGGGCGAAGAGGAAAGGAGCCCCAAGCAGGGAGAUUCUACGUGGGCACAUUUGGCGAACCCCACUUACCUCCACUUGCACUACUAUUUCGGCAGGGAAUAAGCGCGCGGAGGGGAUCGCGAACUUGCCCUCGCAACAUCGGGACUGGAGUCGCUGAAGAAAUCUUUUGUCUUGCAGACACGGGUUCCCCC